AUGGUUAAGAAGGUUGCUGGUGUCUUGGGAGCCACUGGUUCCGUUGGUCAACGUUUCAUCUUGUUGUUGGCUGACCAUCCAGAUUUUGAGCUAAAGGUUUUGGGUGCCUCUUCCAGAUCUGCUGGUAAGAAGUACAUCGAUGCUGUCAACUGGAAACAAACAGACUUGUUGCCUAAGUUCGCCGAGUCGAUUGUUGUUUCCGAAUGUACUCCAGAAGCAUUCAAGGAAUGUGACGUUGUGUUUUCCGGUCUAGAUGCAGACUAUGCGGGUCCUAUCGAGAAGGCAUUCAAGGACAGCGGUUUAGCUGUCAUUUCUAAUGCGAAGAACUACAGAAGAGAAGAAGAUGUUCCAUUGGUGGUUCCUAUUUCGAAUCCAGAACAUUUGGAAAUGAUCGGCACCAAGGUAUCUAAGGCUAAGGCUGAGGGUAAAGAAAAGCCAGGUUUCAUUGUAUGUAUUUCAAACUGUUCGACUGCUGGUUUGGUGGCCCCAUUGAAGCCUUUGGUGGAGAAGUUCGGUCCAAUCUCGCUUUUAACCACCACCACUUUGCAAGCCAUCUCCGGUGCUGGGUUCUCCCCAGGUGUGCCCGGUAUUGAUAUCUUGGACAACAUUAUUCCAUAUAUUGGCGGAGAAGAGGACAAGAUGGAAUGGGAAACUAAGAAGAUCUUGGGUUCUCUAAAUGCUGAUAAAUCCAAGGUCAACUUGUUGAGCGAUGACGAAAUCAAGGUUUCAGCCCAAUGUAACCGUGUUGCUGUUUCUGAUGGUCAUACCGAAUGUAUCUCCCUAAAGUUUAAGAACCAACCUCCUCCAUCUGUUGAAGAAGUCAAGCAAUGUCUAAGAGAUUACGUUUGUGACGCUACGAAACUCGGAUGCCACUCUGCUCCAAAGCAAACCAUCCACGUCCUAGAACAAAAUGAUAGACCACAACCAAGAUUGGACAGGAACAGAGACAACGGGUAUGGUGUUUCCGUCGGAAGAAUCAGAGAAGAUCCUGUGUUAGACUUCAAAAUGGUCGUCUUGUCCCACAACACCAUCAUUGGUGCUGCUGGUGCCGGUAUAUUGAUUGCUGAAAUCCUACUGGCCAAAAACAUUAUCUAA